AUGGAGUCGCUAGUUUUUUGGUUGUUCUUGCUCCCAUGCCUCAGCCUUGUGCCUAUAACUACCUCUGAAAAGGGCUUGGAGCUGCCGCAGUACGACGGGGAAGACCGGGUCAUUGAUAUUAAUGACAAAAACUACAAAAAAGCCAUAAAAAAGUACAGUAUGCUUUGCCUGCUUUACCAUAAGCCUAUCCCGGACAACAAGGAGCAGCAGAAGCAACAUCAGAUGACCGAGUUGGUGCUGGAGCUUCUAGCGCAGGUGAUGGAGGACAAAGGUAUUGGAUUCGGAAUGGUCGACUCUCAUAAAGACGCUAAAGUUGCAAAAAGGCUGGGCCUGGAGGAGGAAGGCAGCGUGUACGUUUUUAAAGAGGACCAUGUGAUUGAGUUUGACGGAUUACUAUCUGCUAAUACUCUGGCAGAGUUUUUAUUGGAUCUGUUGGAGGAUCCUGUAGAAGUGAUAGACAAUGCACUGGAGCUCCGGGCCUUCGACAGGAUGGAGGAAGACAUCCGUCUCAUUGGUUACUUCAAAAAUGAGGAAUCAGAACAUUAUGAAGCAUUUAAAGAGGCGGCUGAGGAGUUCCAACCAUACAUCAAGUUCUUCGCCACGUUUGAGAAAUCUGUGGCUAAAGAGCUGACACUGAGGCUGAACGAGGUGGACUUCUAUGAGCCCUUCAUGGAGGAGCCAGUGACCAUCCCGGGGAAAGGCCACUCAGAGGAGGAGCUGGUGGACUACAUCACAGAGCACAGGCGGCCGACACUGAGGAAGCUACGCGCAGAAGACAUGUUUGAAACGUGGGAGGAUGACAUCGAAGGCAUCCACAUUGUGGCCUUUGCAGAAGAGGAAGAUCCAGAUGGUUUUGAGUUCCUGGAGAUCCUGAAGGAAGUGGCUCGAGACAACACUCAGUUGCCUGACCUCAGCAUUGUGUGGAUUGAUCCUGAUGACUUCCCUCUGCUGAUCCCCUACUGGGAGAAGACGUUCAAAGUGGACCUCUUCAGACCUCAGAUUGGAGUUGUCAAUGUGACCGAUGCCGACAGUGUUUGGAUGAACAUCGACAGCGACGAGAACCUGCCCACCGCUCAGGAGCUGGAGGACUGGAUAGAGGAUGUGCUGUCGGGGAAAGUCAACACAGAGGAUGACGACGACAAUGAUGAUGAAGAUGAGGAUGAUGACGACGACGAUGAGGAUGAUGAAGACGACGAGGAUGAGGAUGACGAGGAAGAAGAGGAAGAGGAUGAGGAUGAAGAUGAUGAUUAG